AUGUCGAAAACAUCAGAUUCUAAGGCAAGCGAUGCCAUGGCCAUUACAGCCUUCAACGGGCCCUUCCCGACAGACUGGGCUUCGCCCGAGACGUGUACAGCACUCACCCAACGUGGUAUCGUGGUUCUCGACUACGCCCCGUCGUGCCUGCCAGAAUCAUUCGUCGCAUCGCCGGGCGUCAUCUACUCUCCAGGGACGGCCUGCCCGUCGGGAUAUACCGCGCCGGCGCCGUGCACAAGAUGGAGCGACGACGUGUCGACGACGAUUACCUGCUGCCCGGUGCGCGGCGACCUGACGCUGUCGUGCGUCCCCAACGAUCGGGUGCUCUCACUGGCGUGGAAGGAUAAAUUCUGCACGUGGAGCGCGGGCACCCAGAAGACGGUGCUGCUUGUGACGUCGGAGCGCAGCGGCACGACAACAACGCGCGCUGUUACCAUGACCGGCAAGGCGGGCGUCAACGCAUACGGUCUGCGCAUGGUGUAUCAGGCGAGCGACCUGCCCAAGUCGACAACGGCCGGCCAGACGUCGGCCACGAGAACAGGGGAAACGGGCGCCGCGACGGAGACCGGGGGUGAUGAUCAUCCCGGUGACGACGGCGCCGGCUUGUCGAUGGGAGCCAAGGUCGCCAUUGGGGUGGGCAUCCCGCUUGUCGCCAUCGCGAUACUCGUCGGCGCCUUCUUCUUCAUCCGCAAGCGACGGCGCCACGCGCGUCAAGAUCCAAACGAGCUGCCCGCUUAUGGAGCCGGCAACGGCGCCGCCGCCCACGAUAGCAAGACGCUCGCGGGCGCGCACAGCCCGGCGCCUCCGCCGGGCACGGCAGGUGGAUACGCGGCGGUGCCGCAGGAGCUCCAAGGGACGGAGCAGGUGGUCGAACUGCCCGGCGAUGUCAGCCAUCUAUCGCCGCCGCCGCCGCAGCAGCAGCAGUCGGCGCUGAGCCCGAGCCCGCCACUGCAGACGAGCGUGUCCGGCCUAUCGUCGCCGGCGAGCGUGCAUGCGUCGACAGCAUCGCCCAAGACGCACUACCAGCCGUACAGGCCGCCUGGGAGCGGGGCGCCGUCGCCACAGCCGGGACAGCACACGGUGCCGCAUUCAUGAAAGGAAGGAUUGGGUUGAUGGAUGACAGCUGUAACAUACACAGCCGACGACCCGUGACUGUAUAUAGCGUUUUCGUACUCUUCGUUGUUGAUAAGUCGGCCACAAAUUAGGGCUAUCAGUCGGAGGCGUCCUUGGCUUCACUCAUAUAUAUAUGAAUUUCAAACUAG